UGAUUGGUCAUGAAGUGGAAACGCGCAGCAGUGUCAAAAGAUUGCUGAGCCUGCUGAUUAUUCCUGCCAUAGAGAACGAUUCUCGCUUGCUGGUUCCUGCACAAGUGUCUGGCGCGAAGGUAGCGGGCUGCACUCAACUAUAAAAUUCUACUUAAUUAAUCCAAAUCAUCCUUAAUUGUGCCUUAAGUGAUGUGCCUGAAAAAGCUGGUGAUUUAAGUGUCUUUUGUGUAAGGAUAACGCCUCGAAUCGCAACUUGGAUUUUCCUGCUUUUCCAGCUGACCCCGACAUGUAUCAAGGAAUCAACGAUUCGAACGGUCCGAAACUGUCGCGAUCCGGCAGCCAAAUAUGCCCAACACCGGAAGACGAACUGCUGGAGGCCACUCUGGACAACAAAGUCCAUAAGAUCGAGCAACUGAUCAGAAGACACGAAUAUCUGCUGAUCUACACCUAUCCGGAUUACAACAAAAAAAUCUUGCUGAUUGCCUGUUCCGAACCGGACGUGAAUGCGGCCACAGUGGAAAAACUGCUGAACCUGAAGGCGAAUCCUCGAGACCACAAUGAAGACGACGGAUGGGAGGCGCUGCAUUUUGCAGCCCAAAAGACCAACUUCGACGUUUUGAAUGCGCUGCUCAAGCGAAAUCCUGGGGACGCGAAUAAUCAAACAUUACAGGGUGGAAAUGCGCUGCAUAUUCUAGUGCGGCAUGGGGACAGAAGCGCAGAAGAUUUCUACAAAUGCGCCAGGCUCCUGAUCCAGAAGGGCGUCGAUGUGGACCAGGUGGACAACAACAACAAAUCCGCCCUGUAUUGGGCGGAUAAAAAGGGCGUGGGUGAGAACAUCCGGAGGAUAAUUGAAGAAGAGAGGGCAAACGGGCUGGUGAUUAACAACAACGUGGACAAGGACAAGGACAAAUCCGAGUACCAGCAGCUGCUCAACCUCAUGAAACGAGGGGAUGAAGACCAGUUCCUCCAGAUCAACAACGACCUCGUCCAAAGCCUGGCAAAUUUCACUGAUUGCGACUGCACUUUGCUGCAGUUUGCCUGCGAUCGGGGGCUGACCAGGUGCGUGCAGCGCCUGUUGGACUUGGGCGCUGAUCCCAGCGCAACUGGGAGAAUCAACGUCACAAAACCCAUCAUCAUAGCAUCCGAGCACGGAUUCAGCGCCAUUUUCCAAUCCCUACUGGAUAAGUACCACCCGAUUUCCAACAUUCCAGAGGGUGUUUUGAGCAAUGUGCUCCAAUACAUUGACCGCACGCAGCACGAUAACAAGGGCUGCUACAGGGCGUUUAUCAACAAAAUGAAACAGUGUCCCGAUCCAGACGAAGUCUCCCUGAAGCUCAACGAGGUGGAGAGUAACGCACGCAACACCCCUCUACAUUACGCGAUCAGAUACGCUGAUCCGGAAAUAGUCCAGGACUUGCUCAGCCUGGGGGCUUCGCUGGGCGCCAAGAACAAGUACAAGGUGAUGCCCAUUGAGGACAUGGAACCGCAGUGUUUGGAAAAACAUCUGGAUAACUGCAUCGAGUUCGACAUCAAAAGCAGGAAGAUCGAAAAGGAGGAUUUCCAGGUGAAGUUCAACUAUCGCUCCAUCAUCCCACCAUAUGCCAAGUGCAAAUACAGUGAAGCCUACGCUUACAAAGACGUGGAAGCCACUGGGAUCAAUUCGACCAUUCAAAAAGAACUGGUGGCUGAAACUGAGGUGAUUUGCUACAUGAGCAACACAGUCGAGUUCCAGCAUCUACUCAAGCACCCGGUCAUCGUUAGUUUCCUCUUCAUGAAGUGGCUACAGAUUCAAUGGCUAUUCUGGACCAACCUGGCGUUCUACAUAACAUUCGCUGUGUCUCUUGUGGUGUACAUUUUCAGCAGCUACGCCUAUUUCCCGAUCGAGGAGCAGAAAUCAGUGAUUCUGGUUCUGUUGCAGCAUGUUUCGUACAUCUGCCUGGUGCUCACUUUGUUCGUGUUGCUGUUCAGGGAACUGUUCCAAAUGCGCGCCGCCCCAACCAAGUACUUCAACGCCUUUGAGAACUACAUCGAAAUUAUCCUGGUUGCAGUGACUGCGAUGAUCGUGUUCAUUCGCUCGCCUUCACAUGAUACCAGAAAGCAGCUCUCCUCAAUUGCAAUUCUGCUGGCACACCACUAAUGAAACUGAAGCACCGGAUGAGGACGCGUCUUUCAGCAAUCCUGCUCAGUCCGUGUUCAAAACCAUCAUAAUGUUGACUGGCGAGUUCGACGCCAGCAGCAUAAACUUCAGCAGUUUCCCCCUCACCAGCAAACUGAUUUUCGCACUAGAACAUGUUUCCAGGCAACGUUGCACAGAAGCUCAGCAGCAUCUGUUGCUGUCUGCCCAUCGUGCGAGACUGGAACUUCACCUUUGGCAAGGCGUUGCAUAUUGACGCCUGCCUCUUUCCUAAACAUCUCAACUACGAGCUGAUUUUCUAUCCCAAUAACGGUGGACUGGUUGAGAGCGGUCAUCGUGAUGGAAGUCCAGCAAAGAAAUGCGCUCCCUGUACAGCCACGCGUCUGGAUAGGGAAACAGUGCGGCUCACCAACAACAUCAUCAAGGCAAAACGAGAGGGUUCGAACAACUGGAUUAAGAAGCUGGUG